AUGACUCGCACGAAGCAGAGCGCGCGCAAGGGCACCGGCGGCAAACCUCCCCGCAAGCAGCUCGCCGCCAAAGCCGCGAGGAAGCAGAGCGCCGCCGCCGCCUCGUCCACCGCGCCGUCCACUUCGACCGGCGACACGCCCAAGCAGACGGUCGACACGAGCGCGGCCGAGGCGGCCAAGAAGAAGCAGGACCGCGAGGCGCGCAAGGCGGCUGCUGCCGAGGCCAAGUCGCGCAUUGGUGCCGCCACAAGUGGAAGCUGA